AUGGCCGCCCGCGCGACCAUCACCUUCUCGCAGCCGGGCGUGCAGCCGCCCGUCUAUGUCACCACCUCCCUGAACGACUGGACGCUGGUGCAGAUGCAGCCCCUGCACGACAAGACGGCGUCGGGCGACCUCAUCUUCAGCAGAGAGUUCACUGGCGUCGCUGAAGGCAGCCACCAGUACAAGAUCCGCGUCGGCGAGGACCAUUGGGUGCUGGACGAGUCGAAAGAAACCGCUGCCGUCGACCAGGGCAUUCGCAACAACCUUGUCCACGUCAGGCCUGCCAGCGAGAGCACCUCCCUGCGCCCAGCGUCCGAAGCUACCACCAACACAGCCGCCCUAGAGACUUCCCCCGGGAAUCCCUCAAAGAUGCCCGAGGACCGCAAAGACAGUACAAUAAACCAGGAGCAGCUAGCUUACGAUCAAACCCACUACGCCCAUCUGCCUGAACAUGUUGCUAAACGCGCUGCCGACUCAGAACCUGGCCUUGAGGGAACCAAGGUAGACUCCCCGGUCGAGACAGCAGCUCCGAAAACACCCGAGAUUCCUCUUCUGGUAGUCGACAAGACUGACCGUCGGCCUGCAUAUGGAGAUGACUUUGGCGCCGGCGCUACGACCGCCCAAAAGGCUGCGCAUGACAUGAGAGCCGCGGAUACCUUGCCAGACCAGCUCAAUAUCGUGCCCGAGUCCCAUACGGAGCCAGAGUCUGAUGAUGGCGAAGCUGCUCCAUUGUUUCGCCAUGAGUCUUUCCAAGCGGAUCAUGAUCCUCAAAUCGCUCCCGCUAUAAUCAUCGACGAUGAGUCUGCGCCAUCAUCGACAGACCAGACUAGUGCCGGAGAGGCCAUAGAUACACCUUCGGAGCCUGACGACAGUGACGAGUUGCAUCUAGCGCCCUUACUUAGCCACGAGACGGGCUUCGAGAAUGGCGGAGCGGGGCUGAGCGACGGUCCGCAUUUUUCCCAUGGAACUGACAACGACGAUGACGAUGACGAUGAUUUCGGUGGAGCUCCUCUCCUUCCUCACGAGACUGCCUUCCAUGAUGAGGGCAGAAUUCCAACCGAAUCUGAAAAUGACGAGGACGAGCUCGACAGGUAUCCGUUGCUAUCACACGAAAGUGGCUUCUCGGAUUAUAGGGGAAGCGAGAUCGUUACUAAGAGUGAUAACUCGGGAAUCUCGGAGCCAUGUCACUACGGGGCCUACGAGGACGACGAGGAUGACUACGCUGAGAAUGAAGAGGGCGAUGCACCUCUCCUCCCCCAUGAACGCGAAGCAUCUGCUGUCAGUAGCACUGGGUCUGUCUUUUCAGAGGACGAUACCCCCUUUUCUCUGGACAAGCAACCGACUUUUGGUUACGAGACGGACAACGCGAGAGAACUGUUCGGCGGAGCUGGCCGACACGACUUCUUUAGAGGGCGAACAGGAAGCAAUCUUCCCCACAGGCUACCACAGUCAGAUGCGGAAGAUCAUGACCUGAACGAUCCGUCGUUGGAACGAUUUCCCACUAGCCGUCAAUCAAUCUUGGAACGUGUAGCGACAAUUGGCAUGCAUCUUCCCGAAGAUGAAUCCAUGCACGAGCGGCCACAUUCUCCCCAGCCAUCUGUUCUAUCUCAAGCGUGCUCCUCUGUCGAUCUUGUACCUGUCAAAUCGUACACCUCGCUAGCUUCUGUACCUGAAGACGAAUUCAGCGACGAAGAGGAGGACCACCAUGAUUUAGACAGUAUGCCAUCGCCCGUGUACAUCAGUCACAAUACUACCCGCAUGUCCAGUCCGCCCGCCAGAUUCGUGCGUGACCCAUACGCAACCCCACUGCCUGAUGAGAGCAAGCAACUUGGGUACGCUGUCGACACCAAACACGACGAGUCGAGUAAUCAUACCCACGAGUCCAGCGAAGCGGAAAGUGUGGAUAAGCAUGAUGGUGCAAAAGACGUCUCUCGGGCUUCCGAUGCUCUGCGAGAUGCCAUCACCACAUCUAUCAACACCGAGAAACCUGCCAUGGAUCAAGUUACGUCUGAGCCCAAGGCUACCGCCUCAGGUGCGCACCCUGUAGCUGGUCCGGAUUCUGACCUCCGGCAGCGCAGAGUACUAGUUGAAGACUCUUCAGAGACAUCAGAAGAUGCGACAAGCGCAGUGGUAGAUGGUGUCAGUAUCAAAGACAAGAUUGUCGAGGCAGCGAAGCCUGCACUUGCACAGCGACCGAAUCAUCACAACGAGAACUUUCUUCAGCAUUUCUUCCGAGUCAUGUUUGGGCCCGUCGGUCACCUCAUGACUGCUUGUUUUGGCGAUCGGAAGCGAGCUAGGUGA